AUGCACCUCGUUACCGUCGCAACUCAGCUCCGCCAGUGGGCUCUCGACUUUGAGGGAAACUGUGAACGGAUACUGAAGUCUAUAGCUAUCGCAAAGGAAAGAGGGGCUACCCUUCGAGUCGGUCCAGAGCUUGAAAUUCCCGGCUAUGGCUGUCUCGACCAUUUCUUGGAAGGCGAUACCAACCUGCACUCAUGGGAAGUCCUCGCGACCAUUCUCCAGAGCGAGGAGGCCCAGGGAAUCGUUUGUGAUAUCGGAAUGCCUAUUGAGCACAAGAACAACAACUACAACUGUCGAGUCAUCAUCCACAAUGGCAAGAUUGUCAUGAUCCGCCCCAAGAUGUGGAUGGCCAACGACGGUAACUAUCGAGAGCUCCGUCACUUCACACCCUGGCACAAGAACAGGCAGCUUGACAAGCACCCUCUUCCAUCCAUCAUCAAGAAGAUCACCGGUCAAACUUCUGUUCCCUUUGGCGAUGGCGUUGUGGCGACCGAGGACACUGUGAUUGGUGUGGAACUGUGUGAGGAGCUGUUCACUCCUGCAUCCCCUCACAUCCUCAUGGGUCUUGAUGGCGUCGAGAUCUUCACAAACUCCUCUGGCUCUCACCACGAACUUCGCAAACUCAACCGCCGUGUUGAGCUCAUCAAAGAAGCCACGAUGAAGCUGGGUGGCAUCUACCUUUACGCGAACCAACAAGGCUGCGAUGGUGACCGAUCUUACUACGACGGUGCAUCCCUCAUCGCGCUCAACGGCCGCAUCCUCGCCCAAGGAUCACAGUUCUCUCUGUCGGAUGUGGAGGUUAUCUCAGCUACUGUCGACCUUGAAGCUGUCAGGGCGCAUAGGACGACGAGCAGUAGGAGGAUGCAGAGUGCACAGGCCGAGUCGUAUGAUAGGGUCGAGCUUGAGUGCAGGUUGGAUGGUGGGAAGGGUAUUCGAGUUGGAGACAGGGAGACGAAGGGGACCAUGGAAGUGCAAUACCACACACCCGAGGAAGAGAUUGCGCUUGGCCCUGCAUGCUGGCUUUGGGACUAUCUCCGUCGCUCCCGAACUCAGGGUUAUUUCCUCCCUCUCAGUGGUGGUAUCGACAGUUGCGCCACCGCAGUCAUCAUCCACUCAAUGUGUCGUCUCGUGGCUGAACAUGCCAAGAAGGGUGACCAGCAAGUCAUUGAGGAUGCCCGACGAAUCACUGGGGAGCCCGAGGGCAGCGAGUACCUUCCUAUCGACCCCAGGGAAUUCGCCGGAAGGAUCUUCCACACUUGUUACAUGGGUACCGAAAACUCUAGUAACGAGACGAGGCAGAGAGCCAAGGACCUUGCGAAUGCUAUUGGAGCCUAUCAUGUCGACCUAAACAUGGACACUGCCGUCACCGCCGUUAAAGGUAUUUUUAGCUUCGUCACCGGUCAAACCCCCCAAUUCAAGGUCCACGGCGGCUCUGCUGCCGAAAACCUCGCAAUGCAGAACAUCCAGGCAAGGUUGAGGAUGGUGGUGGGUUACAUGUUUGCGCAACUGUUGCCUUGGACGAGGGGCAAGGUGGGGAGCUUGUUGGUGCUGGGAAGUGCGAAUGUGGAUGAGAGUCUGCGAGGGUACUAUACCAAAUACGACUGCUCUAGUGCGGAUGUGAAUCCUAUCGGAGGUAUUAGUAAGACCGACCUCAAGAGUUUCAUUGCCUGGGCUCAGGUCAAGUUCAGUAUGCCUAUUCUUUACGAUUUCAUCCACGCCAUCCCCUCCGCCGAGCUUAUUCCCAUGGGUCCCGACAAUGCCGUCCAAUCUGACGAAGUCGAGAUGGGCAUGACCUACGACGAACUGUCCGUCUAUGGCCGUCUCCGUAAAGUUGAGAAAUGCGGUCCUUACAGCAUGUACGGCAAGCUCGUUCAGGAAUGGGGCUCGUUCUUGUCCCCGGUACAGAUUGCGGAGAAGGUCAAGCACUUCUUCUUCAUGUAUGCUAUCAACAGGCAUAAGAUGACGACACUCACUCCUUCUGUCCAUAUGGAGUCAUAUUCUCCAGACGAUAACCGCUUCGACCUCCGACCUUUCCUCUACCCCUCUAGGUUUGCCCAUCAGUUCAAGAAGAUUGACGCCUUGGCGGAGAGUCUUCCCAACAUGGUGGAGCACAGUGAGAAAGAUGUAGACUAG